AUGGAUGCAGCAGGGACGCGGUCGAGGUAUUGGUGUUACUCGUGUCAUCAAAUGGUGAACCCGAUCAGGGAAGUUGAGGAUGUCAAGUGCCCUCUCUGCCAAGGCGGGUUUGUGGAAGAAGUUGAUGGUGGUGGUGGUGCCACAGAUGGUCAUGCUCAUGACCCCGAUUCAGACUUCUCAUCCGAUCGCAACCUCUCUCUCUGGGCACCCAUUUUGCUUGGCAUGAUGGGGAACACGAGACGUCAAAGAAGGUUCCGGAGAACAGAUUUUGAGGAAGAUUAUGAUUACAGCGACGAGGAUGGUGAAGCUCGCCGUGGAGGAGAGGUAGACAAUCACCUAGACCGUGAACUUGAAUCCAUCAUAAGGAGAAGGAGACGCAGCUCUGCUGCUAUCUUGCAACUGCUUCAGGGACUUCGGAGUGGAACCGAGAACUCUCUAGGAGACUCCGAUAGAGAGAGAGCAAGAUACCGAGACAGGGAAAGAUACAGAGACCGAUACAGGGACAGGGAGAGAGAGCGAGUUAUCUUGAUCAACCCUUCCAAUGAAGCAAUUAUGGUUCAUGGUUAUGAUUCGAAUGGCAAUGGAGAAAGCCUGAAUGAGACUCCCAUUGGGUCAUUGGGUGAUUACUUUGUCGGACCUGGUCUAGAUUUGCUGUUGCAGCACUUAGCAGAGAAUGAUCCAAAUAGGUACGGGACUCCACCUGCACAAAAGGAGGUGAUCGAGGCACUGCCCACGGUGCUAGUGAAGGAGACUGUGCAAUGCUCUGUGUGUUUGGAUGACUUUGAGAUUGGCAGUGAAGCAAAGGAAAUGCCAUGUAAGCACAAGUUCCACAGUGGGUGCAUAUUACCAUGGUUGGAGCUUCAUAGUUCUUGUCCAGUGUGUAGGUUUCAGCUUCCGACAAACAAGUCUGCGUUUGAUCCUGUGAGUGAGGCAACAAACCAUGGCGGCAGCAACAACAAUGAGGGAAGUACUAGCCAUGAAAGCAGUGGUGAAGAGGCAGAAGGGGAAGGGAGAAAUGGAGGAAGAAGGUUCUCUUUCCCGUGGCCUUUCAGUGGUUUGUUCUCCUCUCCAAAUGCAAGCAAUUCGUCAGCAACCCCUUUGUCUCCUUCGGCAGCAAAUACACGUGGGUCCGGAACAAACUCUUCUGAAACGUACGAGAAUUGA